GUCACCACCCAAGCUCCCUUGCCUUUGGCUGGGUGCAACUUCCAUUUUAGGUGUUGGAUCUGAGGGGAAAAGAGAGAGAGAGAGAGAGAGAAGAAGAGAGAGAGAGAGAGAGAGAGAGAGAGAGAGAGAGAGAGAGAGAGAGAGAAAGAGAGAAAGAGAAGAGAAGAGAGGAGAGCGAGAGAGAGAGCGCGGAGAGCGAGCAGGAGGAAGGGAGGGCGAGAAACAGACACGGAGGGAGAGGGAAAGAGGCAGGAAAGAUCCUGAAACGAGGAAGAGGAAGAGGUGUCGAACCUCGCUGGAUUUGUCUUUCUCAGCACAUUGGUGAAGUUCUGGGUUUGUUUCUUAAAGGAUUGGCUUUAGAAGUCCACAUUUGAGAGAAAGAAAACUGAGGUUUAGUGGCAAAGUGGCACUUUGCCCAGUAUCAUGUAAAUGUUGGAAUCUGGGACUUGAUGCAGUCGAGAUCUAAAAGUCCAUGUUCUUUGAUGAUGAUGACGAUGAUGAUGAUAAUGAUGAUUGGUGCUAGCAAUUCUCCUGCCUCAGCCUCCUAGUGCUGAGGUUAUAGAUCUCUCUCCUUCCUUUUUGCUGCUUGCUAAGGUGGCUGGGAUGCUUCCAUGAUUUAUGUGAAUCUAGACUGGGCUGUUCUCUGUGCUAAACCAAUCAAUUACGACCCUUCUCUUAACAGUGUGAAGUGAGGGGGCCUACUCCUUUCUACUUCCUCUGUGGUCCACCUUACUUUUUAUCCUGCCCCGCGGCGGCUCCUCCCCUUACCUUCAUGGACGACUCAGAGGUGGAGUCGACCGCCAGCAUCUUGGCCUCUGUGAAGGAACAAGAGGCCCAGUUUGAGAAGCUGACCCGGGCGCUGGAGGAGGAACGGCGCCAUGUCUCGGCGCAACUGGAACGCGUCCGGGUCUCACCACAAGAUGCCAACACACUCAUGGCCAACGGCACCCUCACCCGUCGGCAUCAGAACGGCCGGUUUAUGGGCGAUGCUGACCUUGAGAGACAGAAAUUUUCAGAUUUGAAACUCAACGGACCCCAGGAUCACAACCACCUUCUGUAUAGCACUAUCCCCAGGAUGCAGGAGCCAGGGCAGAUUGUGGAAACCUACACAGAGGAGGACCCUGAAGGAGCCAUGUCUGUUGUUUCUGUGGAGACCUCAGACGAUGGGACUACUAGGCGGACGGAGACCACAGUCAAGAAAGUUGUGAAGACGGUGACAACACGGACAGUACAGCCAGUCCCCAUGGGACCAGAUGGACUGCCUGUGGACGCCUCAUCAGUCUCCAACAACUUCAUCCAGACUUUGGGCCGUGAUUUCAGGAAGAAUGGCAAUGGGGGCCCUGGGCCCUAUGUGGGGCAGGCAGGCACUGCAACCCUUCCUAGGAACUUCCACUAUCCCCCAGAUGGAUAUGGCCGACACUAUGAAGAUGGUUAUCCAGGUGCUAGUGACAACUACGGCAGUCUGUCCCGGGUGACCCGAAUUGAGGAGCGGUAUAGACCCAGCAUGGAAGGCUACCGGGCACCCAGUAGACAAGAUGUCUAUGGUCCCCAGCCCCAGGUUCGAGUAGGUGGCAGCAGUGUGGAUCUGCAUCGCUUUCAUCCAGAGCCUUAUGGGCUAGAGGAUGACCAGCGUAGCAUGGGCUAUGAUGACCUAGAUUAUGGCAUGAUGUCCGAUUAUGGCACUGCCCGUCGGACAGGAACACCCUCGGACCCUCGCCGACGCCUCAGGAGCUAUGAAGACAUGAUUGGUGAGGAGGUGCCACCGGAUCAGUACUAUUGGGCUCCUUUGGCUCAGCAUGAGCGGGGAAGUUUAGCAAGCUUGGAUAGUCUACGAAAGGGAAUGCCCCCACCUCCAAACUGGAGACAGCCUGAGCUGCCAGAGGUGAUUGCCAUGCUAGGCUUCCGCUUGGAUGCUGUUAAGUCCAAUGCAGCUGCAUACCUGCAGCACCUAUGCUAUCGCAAUGACAAGGUGAAGACUGACGUGCGGAAGCUCAAGGGUAUCCCGGUAUUGGUAGGAUUGUUAGACCAUCCCAAAAAGGAAGUGCACCUUGGAGCCUGUGGAGCUCUCAAGAAUAUCUCUUUCGGACGUGACCAAGAUAACAAGAUUGCCAUAAAGAACUGUGAUGGUGUUCCUGCCCUGGUUCGGUUGCUCCGAAAGGCUCGAGAUAUGGACCUGACUGAAGUCAUUACUGGAACCCUGUGGAAUCUCUCAUCCCAUGAUUCAAUCAAAAUGGAGAUUGUGGACCAUGCGUUGCACGCCUUGACAGAUGAAGUGAUCAUUCCACAUUCUGGUUGGGAGAGAGAACCUAAUGAAGACUGUAAGCCACGGCAUAUUGAAUGGGAGUCAGUGCUCACCAACACAGCUGGCUGCCUCAGAAAUGUAAGCUCAGAGAGGAGUGAAGCUCGCCGGAAACUCCGGGAAUGUGAUGGCCUAGUUGAUGCUCUCAUUUUCAUUGUUCAAGCAGAAAUUGGGCAGAAGGACUCAGACAGCAAGCUUGUGGAGAACUGUGUUUGCCUCCUUCGGAACUUAUCAUAUCAAGUCCACCGUGAAAUCCCACAGGCAGAACGUUACCAAGAGGCACUUCCCAGUGUGGCUAAUAAUACUGGGCCACAUGCUGCUAGUUGCUUUGGGGCCAAGAAGGGCAAAGAUGAGUGGUUCUCCAGAGGGAAAAAGCCCACAGAGGAUCCAGCAAGUGAUACAGUGGAUUUCCCUAAAAGAACUAGUCCUGCUCGAGGCUAUGAACUCUUAUUUCAGCCAGAAGUGGUGCGAAUAUACAUUUCACUCCUUAAGGAGAGCAAGACGCCUGCCAUCUUAGAAGCCUCUGCUGGAGCUAUCCAGAACUUGUGUGCUGGGCGCUGGACAUAUGGUCGAUACAUCCGCUCUGCUCUGCGUCAAGAGAAGGCUCUCUCUGCCAUAGCUGACCUCCUGACCAGUGAACAUGAACGAGUAGUGAAAGCGGCAUCUGGGGCACUGAGAAACCUGGCUGUGGAUGCUCGGAACAAAGAAUUAAUUGGCAAACAUGCCAUUCCUAACUUGGUAAAGAAUCUGCCGGGAGGUCAGCAGAACUCCUCCUGGAAUUUCUCUGAAGAUACUGUGGUCUCUAUUUUGAACACCAUCAAUGAAGUUAUUGCUGAGAACUUGGAAGCUGCCAAAAAGCUUCGAGAGACCCAGGGUAUUGAGAAGCUGGUCUUGAUCAACAAAUCAGGGAAUCGCUCAGAAAAGGAAGUCCGGGCAGCAGCUCUUGUCUUGCAGACAAUCUGGGGCUAUAAGGAACUUCGGAAGCCACUGGAAAAAGAAGGCUGGAAGAAGUCAGACUUCCAGGUGAAUCUAAACAAUGCAUCUAGAAGCCAGAGCAGCCAUUCAUAUGAUGAUAGCACCCUCCCACUCAUUGACCGGAACCAAAAAUCAGAUAAGAAACCUGACCGGGAAGAAAUUCCAAUGAGCAAUAUGGGGUCAAACACAAAAUUAUUAGAUAACAACUAUUCCACACUGAAUGAAAGAGGAGACCACAACAGAACACUGGAUCGAUCUGGGGAUCUGGGUGAUAUGGAGCCAUUGAAGGGAGCACCCUUGAUGGUAAAUCCUUGUUAUAUACUGCUGUGUAUAUGAGACUGAUAGUAUUUUGAAACUAUAUGAUAUAUGAAAUGGGGAAAGAAAAGAGAAAGGUAAUGUCUUUCUUUGGUAGGUGUUUUCAGGAAAAAGUAGAGGUUUUGAUGCAUCUUGAAGUUUCUUGGGAUGCUCUUCAUUGAUUGUGUUGGAGGAAGUCUUUGCAAGUGUUAUUGAUGUGACUAACAUUAACUAAUCUGUUCUAUCAUACAUCACCCUCUUCUUUCACUUACCUUGAGGGUGUUUUACCCUUUUACUUUUAACAGUGUUUGUUUACAAACUUGGGAUUUUCCUGAUUGGCACAUAGUUAGAGGUUCUUAUCUUGGCUCUCUUACUAACAAAUUGCAUGUGUUCACAGCAGGACGAGGGGCAGGAAUCUUUGGAGGAAGAGUUGGAUGUGUUGGUUUUGGAUGAUGAGGGGGACCGAGUGUCUUACUCCCCCAUGGUAUGUCCUCCAGUCACCCCUAAAAUGGCCCUCAAGAAGGAGGCCUCUGUGUGCCCACUCUUUGCCAAUCAUGUUGAUCUGAUCAGGCCUGAGACACUUGUCUGAGGCACGUGGGGCCCAAGGAUUUCUGCUUCUGUGAUCCUGACCUCUUCAAAGCCUGGGAUGCAGUGGGUGAUCUGAUUCUCUGUUGUGUGCUGCUUUCCUGCCUCCAGAUUUACUCAGCUGCCUUGUUCUCCAGGUCUUCCUGUUCUCAACCUUAUUAACAGCUUUCUCUUUUUUUUUCCUACAGCAGAAGAUUUAGCACCACUCUACCUGCUCCAUUUGGGCUUAUAAUAUAUUACUUUUAUUUUUUGGUGGUGAAAUGGACUGAUGAUUUUUUUUCCUUUCUUCGCUGGACUAUUGUGCCAACUGCCAGGCUGCCUCCUACCCUUAUAGCCCAGAGUGGCUGCCUUCAUUCCAUCAAUUCCCAACAUCUUCUACUGAAGUUUAAUUGUCCUGUCCUCCCAUCCCCUACCUCCAGUUUUCCCCAAGAAACCUGACUCAGUUAUUUGCAUAUCUUGAGAAACUGCUGCAGAUUAGCUCUUUUUGCCAGCCCUCCCUGGACCCUCGGCCUGUGUGGAGGGAGGGAGAAAGUGGAGCUCUUCACUGGAAGCUGUGGGAAGAACUGAAAAUUGCACGCUGUGUAUGCGUUAUUCAGCAUUCUGACAAACUGAUGACUUUAAUCAAGACUGUCUUUCUUUCUGGUGGGGAGGGAACUUUUAAUUUUGUUUUGGAUAAUGGGAAGUAUGAGUUCUUCCCUUAUCCAGUGGCUUUUUUGAAGCCAAGAAGGCUGGAAACAGUGGCACAUUCCACCUGGCAAGGGCCCUCGAGUAAGUGAGGUACUCCUCAAACUGGGAUUGAGAACUCUUGUUCCUCCUGUCCGAGGCAGGGACCACAAAGGACCUACAGACUCCAUCUCUUCUGUCAGCUUCAGGCCAACCUUGGGGUGCUGCCCUGACCAAGGCUGUCCUCAACCCUCCUCUCUUACCCUGUGAUAAAUCUGCUAACUUGACUUGGCCGUUUGCAAGAGGCUAUGUAAAAAAGAGAAUGCCAUGGAACACUUCUUGAUUGAGAAGAAACAGAAAGAUUGUCUUUUGGGGAGAAGAUGAACCUCUAGGAGGAAAUAGAAGGAAUGUACAUGAAGUGGUUAGUCUGAAACUGGCAGGAAGCUUCAAAGCUGGCUUUCCCCCCACCUUCCCCGCCCCAUUCUCUUCUUCCUUUAUAGGCUGGUCCCUCCUCCUCCCCCUCCCUGGAUCUGUUGGCCAACUACAAGACUUGUACAUAACUCCUGCCCCCUUUGCCCUUCUAAGGUAGGAGUUGCCCUGGCUUUGCCUCUUCCUUGUGCCUUUGGCCUGGGGUGCGUCUCCUCCCUCUCUUCCACGUGCCUUUCUUUGCCUCUGCAGUCUCAUUUCUCAUGAUUUUGCAAGUUAGAUUUUGUUAUUUUCUUACCCACAGUUGACCCUCAGUAGCCGAAGGAAAGGAGUGGUUACCUAAGGAACUUCAAGUCCUCCUUGGGGAUUGUUCUAGCCUCUGAUUUAGCCAACAGUGUACAGUUGGAAUUGGUGACUAUCCUAUCCUGAUAAGUCUCAAAGUGAGGCUGGUGGGAGGGAGUGCCAUGACUCUUACUCCUUAGUUGUUCCCAGUUCCCAUUAUCUGAAAGUUUAUAGGGAAUCAAGGGUUUCUCUCCAGUUCCUUUGCCUCCAUCAUACCCUGUCCAAUUGUAGGGAAUGUUACAGGUUGGGCUAGAGAAUCAGCUACUAUCUGGGUUGAUUUUUUUUUUUUUUUAAUUUUUUCCCUUAUUUGCCUUUGUUCCUUAAUCCAAAAGCUCUAUUCAAUGCAACUGGAAUUCUUUAUCCCUCUUGUCCUGUUCCUUAAUAUACUGAGGCUAUGGGGUGGGAGAAAAGUGCACAACCCACCAACCCCUUUCCCUAUGCAUUACAAUUCCCUUUUUUUUCCCUUUUUUUCUUUUUUUUUAACUGUUUGUUUCCCUCCCAUUUCUUCUUACCCCCAUCCACCUUUUCUGGCAGAAAGGAGCCUCUCUCCCUGGGACCCUCAGAGUACACUGCACAGGGAGCCUUCCCACCCAGACCUGGCUCUAUUCCUGGUUUCUUUUGUCCUCCUCUGCUCUUCCUGGUGCUCUUUUUCGGUGGGGUGUGGGUAAUAGAAUAGCCAUGGGCUUUGGGGGACCUUUAACUGUUUUUUUGUUUUGUUUUGUUUUGUUUUCCUCUUUCAUUUAUAAACACUAAACAUUCAAUUUCAGCAAACCAAAAAUCCUACCUUCCCACCGAACACUACUAAGGGGCAUGUCUUCUGCUCUAUAUCUUUUCUCUUUUCUUUCUCUCUUGUUAAUGCUUUUAAAAACAAAUGAGUUUUUUAUAUAAAUAAAGUUUUUAAAGUGUG